AUGCCGCCUAAGAAGCGCUCUCAUGGGCCAUCACAAGCCUCGACACCUACAAAAAAGCAGAAGAGUGGGCAGCAGUCAGCCUUGACUUCGUUCUUCACCAGCCCCUCAACCUCAUCAGAGGCCACGCUCACUACAGAGCCGACAUUACCCACACGGAAUUUAGCUAAAGCGAAGCAGAAGCAGAAGCAGAUCACUAUCAACUUGGACGAAGAUGAGCAUGUGAAGGCUAUCGGGACGCAGGAGGCAGAUGACGCUGCAUUUGCAGUUCAACUGGCAGCUCAGGAUACGGCUGUCUCGGUCGAGGAGUACAGAGCUCGCAUGCAGGAGGACGAGGAGAUGGCCAGACGCUUGCACUCAGAGUGGUCGGGAGAGACAAUCCAAAGCAGUAACGAUUUGAAUGGCUCCAACCAAGCUGGUUCUUUCGUCCCGUCACGGAGAAGGACACCUUCACGGACGCCCUCAUCUCCGACAAGAGAGGAUCUUUCCACUCCAUUCUUUCCCCGCAAGAAGGCUCCUUCGACACCCUCUUCACCAAGCAACAAGUCUCUUCCAACUCCGAAAACCGUCGAUCUGGCCGCUUUGGACGCAUCGAUACAAGCCAUUCCUCUCGGCGAUGACAUAUUUGUUUUCGAUCCUUGGGCUGUCGAUACAUCGAUCUGGCCGACCAUCGUAGGCAAGGGCGGAGAACUCACGCCAACGACACCGUAUGCGCUGCUUACACACGCAUUUGUGACGAUCACAGCCACCCGCUCACGUCUCACCAUCACAACGCUCCUCACAAAUCUUUUGCGAACGGUUCGAGCUCACGAUCCGGACUCACUGCUACCAACGGUGUAUUUGGUGAGCAACCACAUCGCUCCACCCUACGAUGGCGUCGAGCUCGGUCUGGGCGGAUCGAUCAUCAACAAAGCUAUCAAAUCUGUCACUAACAAGUCUGCUCGCUUCAUGAAGCAGGCUUGGGACAAGACGGGCGAUCCUGGUGAUGUGGCAUAUGAGGCGAAGAAGGACGUCAAAGCUCUAGUGCGUCCGGCUCCUAUCACUGUGCAGAGGCUGUUCUCAAACCUUCACAGCAUCGCUCGACUGAGUGGUCAAGGUAGUGCGAGCCAGAAGCUCGGGUACGUGACUAAGCUGCUUGUUGCCAGUCGUGGAGAAGAGACACGUUUCCUUGUGCGGACUUUCAUCAGCCAUCUGCGGAUUCAAGCAGUGCGGACGACGAUUGCUACGGCUUUGGCUCGGACCUUUGCACUGGUGGAAGAGAAGGCGCCUGUGGUCAAGCCAAGUACCCAGAGGGAGAAGGAGAGGGCGGCAUUGCUACUAGUCUACCCGCACGAGCGAAAAGGCAUUCUGGCGAACGCGACCAAGCCGAAAGAAAGACAGGACCCAAAUCGUCUCGCAUUGAUGGAGCGUCUGGCAAGAGCAGAGAAGCUAGUACGGGAAGUACGAGCACGACAUCCCAACUUCGGUCUCAUCGUUCCGUCCUUGGUCCAGUAUGGGCUUGCAGGUCUCUCAGAGCACGUGCCGCUACGGGUCGGUACACCUAUCUCUCCAAUGCUUGGCUCAAUUACCCGCUCGCUCGGUGCCAUGCACGAGAAGCUAGGACCCAGAGCUUUCGUCUCCGAAUUCAAGUACGAUGGACAGCGGUGUCAGAUCCAUGCUAUCUACGUGCCUAGAAGCGCAGGACCGGAAGCGCGUCGAAGUGUCAAAGAGGAGACUGCGGCAAGCAAUGGUGGUGCCAAGUUUGGAAAGUGGGUCGGCAAGAAUGGCCAAGUUUACGUGCGACUCUUCAGCCGACAUCUUGAAGAAAUGACGGACAAGUAUCCAGAUAUUACAGAUAUGGUGCCGAUCUUGAUGGGACAAGAGAGCGAGUCGAAUGCCAACAUCGGAGCAAGCGCUUUUGUGGAUGCUGCAGCGUCCUCGACGAAGCUUCAAUCAGAUGGAACCGUGGCGGAAGCGGACGAAUUGAAAUGCCCGACGGAGGACGGAAAGGGAGAACCAAUAACGUCGUUCAUUAUGGAUGCCGAAGUUGUCGCCAUGGAUCUCGAUGGUCGAUUGCUACCAUUCCAGACUCUGGCGAAUCGAAGCCGCAAGGACGUCAAUCUGCACGAUAUCAAGGUCAAGGUUGGCGUGUUUGCGUUCGAUCUCAUGUACUUGGAUGGCGAGUCAUUGCUCAAAUCUUCGUUCCGGACACGACGCAACCUGCUUCAUAGCCGUUUCUUGCCUUUGUCGCCACAAAGUCCGCUGAUUGCACGAUUUGCACAUGUUCAAUCCUGCGAGAGUACAGACCCUGACGAUGUAGCCCGCUUCUUCAGCCAGGCACAGGAGUACAAGUGUGAAGGCAUCAUGGUCAAGUCGCUCGAUCAUCACUGGGAGGCUCCAGUGGACAGAAAAGAUGGUGAGGACGAUGCUGAUGCGGGCGAGUUUGGAGAUGGGACUGAUGUCGGUGAAGAUGGACUAGCUCCAAACAAACUUCACAAACUUGCGGAUGUGGUCGAUGACGACUUGGCGAUGGACAACGAAGAUGAAGCCGUGCAGACACUAGAUGACGGCGGCAGCAAGAAUAGUGAGCGCAACGGUGGCAACGGAAGCAAUCCGCUCGUUCCAGCUGAAGUCGAAAAGGGCGUCAACGGCAGAGGUAAAGCACUGCUAUCUACCUACGAGCCGGACAAGCGCUGCGAAUCAUGGCUCAAAGUCAAGAAGGACUAUGUCGACGGACUUGGCGACUCUUUGGACCUUGUUCCCAUCGGUGCAUGGCAUGGUAUGGGGCGUAAAGCGACCUGGUGGUCUCCCAUCCUGCUCGCUCUCUACGAUCCGGAAACAGGUGUGUUGCAAGCAGUGUGCAAGUGCAUCUCAGGCUUCACUGAUGCGUUCUACAAAGACCUCAAUGUUCGGUAUGCUGAAGGAUCCGAGACCUGCGUUCGCGCACGCUGGGGAGAGCCCUCAGCCUUUGGUAUCGAGCUCGAGACAGGCAAUCUUUGGCCAGAUGUGUGGUGGAAGCCGAGCGAGGUAUGGGAGCUUCGAGGAGCAGAUGUAACCAUCAGUCCCAACUACACUGCUGCGAUCGGGCUGGUGAGCGAGGAGAGAGGACUUUCGAUCAGGUUCCCUAGAUUCAUGAAGAGGAGAGAAGACAAGACGAUUGAACAAGCGAGUACACCUGCAAUGCUGGCCAAGAUGUACUUUGAGCAACAGAAGGCAGCGCCAGCUCCGGGAGAGGGUGAGGGGGAGGGUGAGGGAGAAGGCAAAGGGGCUGAUGAGAUGGGAGGCAGCGAUCAAGAGGCAGGUAGGAAGCUGGAGUCGAUUAAGCCGGCUAUCGAUGAUGAAUUUGAGUUCUGA